ACAGCGUUGCCUGUACGCACACAGCAGUUCGCAUUGCUAAUUCAAUGGCAGCAUGUGCCAACGCGUGCUCACACACACACACACGCGCCCGUACGCAAUAGGGCAGUUGAUAGGGCGCAAAGUGGCAACUCGGGAGAACUAAAAGCCCCCGGGGGUGCUGGAAGUUUCCCUCGAUCGAGAGAGAGUCGGAGCAGGAGAGAGAGAGAUUGCGACAACAACAAAUCGCUCAUCGCGCACGGUUGGGGCACUGGCUGGAUGGCGUUCCGGAGUCCAGACGCAGAACGACGUAGACGCCACUCGCAGUAGCCAGUGCGAACGGAAGGGUCUUUGCGGGCGCAUCUUACACGAACGGCAGCGGUUUUUUGGCACGUGUCCCAAAGCGACGCCACGAGUGUGUUCCUUCGUUCGUAGUCGUGUGUCAUCCAGGUCAGGUGGAGAGCGUUUUUUUUUGGGGAGUUUUGUGUGUGUGUUGUGUCGUAGUAUUACUUCUUGCAAGUGAAUAUAUGCGUGAGUGCUGUCUGAGGUUGCUACAACUAGCGGUGCAGAGUUGUUAAAAUUAUGUCAUCCCUAUCCCGGGGCUAGGGCAACCCCGGGUUUAAGAUGAAUUCCGAUUCGAGCUGCGUGUAGUGAGCUGUGUCCUAGUUAACUAGUUUGCGUUUGUUGUGAUGAAAUUCGAUCGUAAUUACAUAAAGGGCUCCCGCUGCGGUGAUGGUCCUACCCGGUGACGGUGAUGCUUUCCUCCUGCUGGAUGCCUAAGCUUGUGCGACCGUUUCUUUUGCAUCCAGUUGGUCGUGCCGUCGUUGCUCUCAGAUGGUAGUUAAACCGGGAGGCAUCAGCAGCUUGCACGAGAAGACGCGCGACUCUUUCGUCGAGCUGUGUGAGUGACGAACGUGAGUGAGUGCACGCGUUAAAGGUGAUUGCGAUAACGCACCCCGGCGGAUGGGACGUGCACGAGCGGCACAUGUUGGAGAACUUCAAGUGCAAAGGUUGUGUGUGCGUGACCGCUGUUUCGUAACUUGUGAUUGGGAUGAAAAUUAAAGUGAUUGUCGGCUAGUGCUCGUCUGAUCUCCACAGGAGACAAGUGAAAUCGGAAACCCCGCGCGCGAAAACGGCGAAUAAAGUUAACCGGAUGAAACGAAAGUGAUUUUCGCUGUACUUGGCAGGCACCAGGCCAGGAAGUGUUUCCUGCAAAAGCUCUCCCAAGCAGCAUCCCGGCCAAGUGGGCUCAACAGCAGGCGCGAUAAUCACCGACACGGCUAGCAGGGGAUUUAGCCUCGACAUCUUAAUUGGCGCUAAAACACUAUUUGAUUACGCUCCCGUCGUACUGUGGUCCCGUACGCCCAAUAUUUCCACGUAGGAUUCGUGUCAACAUUCAGUGUUUUAUUGUGUUUAAAUGUGUAUGUGUGAAAGAGAUCGACCGAGUGUGGUUUUUUUUAAUGCGUGCUAAGCGAAGUGGCACAAGUGGUAAUGUGAAUAAUUAAACGACGAUUUGGUGUGCGUGUGUGAGUGUGUGACGGUAUGGUUCAUGGAGACGCGUUAGCAUCCGCACCGGCGGAUGUAAUAGUUACCGUCCGGCCUAUUAUUUAGGCAGCGCAUAGCAAAUACACAUCGGCCAAGCAUACGCAUCGAACCGUCGAGUGUUCGCUUUUGCUAGCGUCAUGGAGUCCACAGAGACACUUGAUUGGCCGCAGAAGAACGGUAGUCGAGCGGAGACCAGCAACGGUAUUGAUGGUCAUGACGUUCAACCACCACCACCACCACCACCUGCAAGCUCCACCGAUGCACUGGAACCGCCCAUCAACAAUAAUGGCAACCCAAAUGACAAUAGUUGCUGUACCGUGCCGAAGCUCGCCUCACCGAGACCGUCGAGUCCGGCCGAAAAUGGCGAGAGUGCUAAUUGCACCCUAAUGCGCAGCACUUCCCGACCUUCGACGGACGAUGGCAACUUGCUGUCCCCCAAUACGUCCCGCUCGAGCAUGUCCCAGUCACCCACCCACCACCAUCUGUCCCCAUCGCACCGGUCGGGGCCGCCCGAUUCGCUCUGCUCGCUCGAGGAGCUGGACGAGGUGGGCGCAUUCUUCGAGGAACAUUCGGCCGCCAUCGAACGCUGGUUUCGGGAACGUGCUCCGAACGAUGUCGUUGCCAAGCUGCAGUCAAUUACCGCCGGGGAUAGCUCCAAGUCACCGAAAUCGCCGCACCGUGCGUCGGUCACCUCGGACCUGUUCCAGCAGUGGCUUGCAUCGUCUCCGGUAAAGAAAUGUCGUUCGCCGACCUCCCGGAGCUCCAUCUCCAACCGCAGUCACCUGGCCGACCUGGACGAGGGCGAGCUGUUUAUGGAGCUGAUACGGGACGUGGCCAACGAGCUCGACAUCGACGUGCUGUGCCACAAGAUUCUGGUCAACGUGGGCCUACUGACGCAUGCCGACCGGGGUUCGCUGUUCCUCGUCAAUGGGCCACCCUCGGGGAAGUAUCUGGUCGCCAAGCUGUUCGACGUAACGCAAAACACACCCCUGGACGAAGCGGUCCGGCGAGCGAAGCAGGACGAAAUCAUCAUACCGUUCGGUGUCGGCAUUGCCGGCACGGUCGCACAAACGAACGAAACCAUCAACAUCAAGGAAGCGUACAAGGAUCCGCGCUUUAACAGCGAAAUCGACCAGAAGACCGGCUACAAAACGAACAUCAUCCUGUCCAUGCCGAUCUGCAACUACGAGGGGCAUGUGAUCGGAGUGGCACAGAUCAUUAACAAAACCAACGGUUCGCCCGAGUUUACCGAGCGCGACGUGGAGAUAUUUCGCCGCUAUCUAACGUUCUGCGGCAUAGGCAUCCAGAACGCGCAGCUCUUCGAAAUGUCCGUCCAGGAGUACCGGCGCAACCAGAUACUGCUCAAUCUCGCCCGGAACAUCUUCUCCGAGCAGAACAACCUCGAGUGUUUGGUGACGAAGAUUAUGACCGAGGCCCGGGAGCUGCUCAAGUGCGAACGGUGCGCCGUCUUUCUGCUCGAUCUGGACUGCGGUGAAGCGAACCACCUUGAACGGAUAUUGGAACGGCCGGAGAGAACUCAUCAAACCGUUUCGCGCCGAACCAGCCACAACGUGGACGUAGAGGAUGUGCUCCAGCACCAGAACGCAAUCUCGACACGCUUCACGAUGAUUUUCGAGCUCGGCAGCAGCCAUCAAUCAUCGGCCAACAUUCUGCGACCGUCGGUGAGCGAUCUGAACAGUUCGAUGCUGGCACAGAUUGCAGAGUAUGUGGCUGCCACGGGCGAAACGCUUAACAUUAGCGAUGUGCUCGAGUGGCUCAAGGAUAAGCCAAUCUGCCAACGGCAAACGGGUCCGCCGCCGGUACCAGCCGGCGACGGUACGGUUGCCACCACGUCGUCCUUUGACGAGACGCACAGCGUUAAAUCGAUCCUGUGCAUGCCGAUCAUCAACGGGCAGAAGACGGUCAUCGGUGUCGCUCAAUUAAUCAAUAAGCAAAAUGAUCUACAAUUUACCAACUGUGAUAUCUCCAUCUUCGAGGCGUUCGCCAUCUUUUGCGGGCUCGGCAUCCACAACACGCAGAUGUACGAGAGUGCCUGCAAGCUGAUGGCGAAGCAGAAGGUGGCGCUCGAAUGUUUAUCGUACCACGCGACCGCUAGUCAGGACCAGACGCUCAAGCUGGUCAACGAUACCAUCCAGUCGGCCGAAGAGUACAAGCUGUAUAGUUUUAAGUUCAUCGACUUCGAUCUCGACGACGAUGAUACAUGCCGGGCAGCGGUGCGGAUGUUUCUACAAUGCAAUCUGGUUCAACAAUUUCACAUUCCAUACGACGUCCUGUGCCGCUGGAUACUGAGCGUGCGGAAGAACUACCGUCCGGUGAAGUAUCACAACUGGCGCCACGCACUGAACGUGGCCCAGACCAUGUUUGCGAUGAUGAAAACCGGCAAGAUGGAGCGCUUCAUGACGGAUCUGGAAAUUCUCGGUCUGCUGGUGGCGUGCCUGUGCCACGAUCUCGACCACAGGGGCACGAACAACGCAUUCCAAUCGAAGACCGACAGCCCGCUGGCCAUUCUGUACACGACCAGCACGAUGGAGCAUCACCAUUUCGAUCAGUGCGUGAUGAUACUGAACUCCGAGGGUAACAACAUUUUUCAGGCACUGUCACCGGAAGACUUCCGCACGGUGAUGAAGGUCGUCGAGACAGCCAUCCUGUCGACGGAUUUGGCGAUGUACUUCAAGAAGCGCAACCAAUUUCUGGAGCUGAUCGAGAACGGCGAGUUUGACUGGCAGAGCGAGGAGAAGAAGGAAAUCCUGUGCGGCAUGAUGAUGACGGCAUGUGAUGUGAGCGCCAUUGCGAAACCGUGGGAGGUUCAGCACCGGGUGGCCAAAUUAGUGGCGGACGAGUUUUUCGACCAGGGCGAUCUGGAGAAGCUACAGCUCAAUCAGCAACCCGUUGCGAUGAUGGAUCGUGAGCGUAAGGAUGAGCUGCCUAAGAUGCAGGUUGGGUUCAUUGACGUCAUCUGUCUGCCGCUGUACAAGGUGCUGACGGAAGCGUUCCCGUGGAUUAGUCCACUGUACGAGGGCACGCUAGACAACCGGCAGCACUGGCACGAUCUGGCCGAAAAGGUAGAGAUGGGAUUGACCUGGAUCGAUCACGACACGAUCGAUAAGCCGGUGGAAGAGUUUGCUGCCGGCAAGGAACCGUUGGCCGACAUCGAGUUCACGGUGACAACGCUCAACUGUGCCCAUCCGGAGGAGAAAACCGAAACAACGCCCGUACACGAACGAAAGCCCCGCUUUAGCAGUCUCCGGAAGACGGGUGCCCUUGGGAAAGCCGUCCGCAACAAGCUCUCCAAAUCCGUACAUCACAAUACAGCCGGCAACGAGCGUCCAUCGUCGAUUGUGUCACAACCGGGCAGUACCAAGAGUGGUACGGAUGAUGGAACACCGUACGGUGGAGAUCAUCCUUUACCACCUGGGGAGAUCUCCGAUCAUGCCAGCGAUCAUCAGCAACACCAGCAGCAGCACCAACACCAGCAGGAUCAAUCCUCCCAUUCCGUCCCGGUAACGCCGGGCAGUGGACUUCCACCAUCGCAGCUUCAGGACGCCGUCAGUACCACCGCACAGCCACAGCCGAAACAUCCCACCAAACCGGUCAAGAAGCGCUCCAAGCUUUGUAUGCUGUUGUGACCCAAGUUUUACACCGACUCGUCGGAUAACGCAGCCAGUGCUGGUGGUAGUUCAGCUGGAGAUAAGGAGAAUGCCGUCUAAAAUGGCCACCGGAAAGUACCGCCGUUGGUUGACGUAUUUCGUGUUGUAGCGAAAGAAAACAUUCCGAGGGGAAAAUUAAGUCAAAUGCCAAGAGGCAAAAGAGUGGAAAUACGGAGGAAGGCUUUUGUGGCCACUAUGUUAGCAAACAAUACACAAUUCGAACCCGGUGGCACGGAUGUUCGUACAAGGCUGUUAGUUCAAUGUUUGUUCAAUAUAGUCCAACUGUUUCCUAUUUCAAAUGGGGGGAAUUUACAUUUAAAACAAGCAAACCAAGCAAGCAAAGUUACACGUAGUUAUAUAUGCUCAACAAAGAACACUAGAACUAAUAAUACACUAUCGGGAGGGUGGAGAGCAUCGGAAAAGGGGACGUGAAGUAGGGGGCUACACAGAACCGGUCAAUUUUGGGAAAAUCACCACACACACAAAAAAAGAAACACCACAGAAUCGUGUAAACCAUGAUUGCAGUUUUUUCACCAGGUUUUUUUGUAUGUCCAAGAGAGAAAAAAAAUUUCAAUAAGCAAAUACAAAUCGAUGUUAGCAUCCGUGUUGUUUCCGGCCAGAGUUGAAGAAGUGGGGAGAUCAUUUGCCCGGUGGUCGGAAUCCCUAGUCAUUAGCUGUCAUCGUUCUUAGCAGGCCAUGAUUGUAGUGUAGUGCGAGUGCGAGAGGGUGUCGCUAAGUGGAAAUAGGCGAGGCGAUGGAGUGACCGAAUUUUUAUCGGUGUACCGUCGGUGUGAAAAUGCGGUUGUUAAUUUGCUGGAAACGAUGAUUUGUUUCCACCAGAAAAGGGGUGAGAAGAGAAGAAGGGCUUCGCGUUACAUCGUUAUUACACGCUAGUAGUAGGGCGGGGGAAACACACAGAGACAGUAGCAAUUAGGUACGUGUUAGUACGUUUUACGAAACCAAAGCAAAAACUCUGUGUAGUGUUGUGUGUGUGUGUGUAUGUGUGGCAGAGGGAGAGAUACAGAGCGCCAAGUGACAAACUCCAAAGACAGAACGCAAAAGCAAACAAAACGUCCACACAAUAGCCGAAGCUGGUUAAAAGGUAAGACUAGUAGUGUAGAACUAGGUGGGCAGCCACCAGCAUGGUCUGGUCGGUGUAGGCAGUUAAAAAGGGAAAAACCCCCCAUACACCAAGCAGGCUAUGGUAUAUGAUGCAAGAUUAUACGGACGACAUGCUUGCAGCAGAGCUUGCAGUCCGUUAGGCAGAUAAGAGUUUUCCGAUAAGGGAUGCCAUGGAGUGUGCAAUGUUGCUACCGUCCUCGUUUUAGCAGUGGUGUCUGAUGACUGCUGUCUACAAAAUUCUAUUGACACUGCUGCUGUUGCUUACUGUAUGCACCCAUCGGGCGCCAUUGUUUCGUUGCACUAUUGUUGGACUAUUUGUCGUUGUUCCUUUUUGGGUUCGCCAGGGGAGAAAAAAGGGCGUCAGUGAUACUAUUGUUAAGCUUUGUUCGGGUUCCACUUUAUUUUACCCUACGCCUAACUUCAACUGUUGGUCCUCUGCUCGUGCGUUUAUGUUGUAAGUGUACUUUUGCCUGUUUUGUUGAAGCUUACGGGCAUAUGUGAAGGUAGUUGCUGUUUCAAAUUGCUCCAAUUCACUCGACAACGGCCACAAGACCACACUUGAGGUCUUGUGGCUGUUGGAGGUUGGUAACUGCAAAGGAGAAAGCUCUGCAUCUCUUCAAUCCCUUCCAAGACUGGCAGGCAUCUUAUGUGACCCGUGCAAUCAUUCAUCUCCGGUACUUUGUUGUGAACGUCAUCCCCAGGCAAGAAGUGUUUAGGCAAUCGGAUCGGUUUAGCACGUGGCAACAUGUUACUUCAUGCACCGUUGGAACGAAGAACGCUUUUGUAAGGGAAAAUUUGAACCCUAAACCCCACAUAAACUUAGUCAUCAACACAAUACACGGACAUACAGUACACAUGUUGCAUGAUCCAGUACACUAAUAAUUAGCAGCAAAUGAAGCAACCGCGUGUCUUUGAUGGUUAGAAACAUUUUUGUGAUUGUAUAUCCAUAUAUAAAUAUACUUUUUUGUGAUGCAAAACAAACCCCGCCAGGCAUAGGCAGGAAGGCUAAAGGGGAUAGAUAAUGCGGAAAGCGGAAAGGCUUUUUAAGCGGAAAUAAAUGAAAAGCACCGACAAAACGAACCGCCAGAAAUGGUUAAAGCCAGAUAAGAUGGGAAAAGGAAUACAAACAACAUGUAAGCACUGAACAA